GUGCAUCCACGCCUCACUCUUCCCUGCACUUGGGCCGCCUGCUCAAUUCGACUCUGCCAGCUUAACACCAGCAGACUCCUGGAGGGUCGAACUGAACCAUCUCCAACAUGCCAUUCACUUACAACAAUCUGCCAGUUCCGCUAACGGAAAUCAAACUAAACCUUGACGAGAUGCCAGCAAAGUUUCCUGAGAAAGAACUGCCUUCAGUCACUAAUACUGCAUCAACCACAGAUUUAUUGUACCGUGAUGGUCUUGACAUGGAGGAUCCAUGGGCCUUACCUGAACUGCAGGGAUCUGGCCCCUCAUGGAAAGAGUUGAAUACGAAGCAGAGAAUCAAACGUGUUGUUAUUGGGAUAGUGAAGAGCUGCCUUCUCCUGGGAUUCCUCUACUUUUUCGUCUGCUCCUUAGAUGUACUGAGUUCUGCCUUCCAGUUGGUGGGAAGUAAACUGACAGGUGAUAUUUUCAGUGAUAACAAAAUCCUGGCUAAUCCCAUAGCUGGGCUUGUUAUUGGGGUGCUAGUUACAGUCCUGGUGCAGAGCUCCAGCACGUCCUCUUCCAUCAUUGUCAGCAUGGUGUCCUCUGGAUUGCUGAACGUAAAAGCUUCCAUCCCCAUCAUAAUGGGAGUAAAUGUUGGAACAUCCGUCACCAGUACCUUGGUAUCUCUGGCGCAAUCUGGAAACCGCAAUGAGUUUCGCAGGGCUUUUGGUGGUUCUGCUGUCCAUGGCAUCUUUAACUGGAUGACGGUCAUAGUGUUGCUGCCCAUCGAGCUUGGCACAGGAUAUCUGUAUCAGAUCUCUAAAGUCAUCAUCAACAGCUUCAACAUCAAUGCAGGUGGACAAGCCCCUGAUAUCCUAAAAGUCAUUACUGAGCCCUUCACUCAUCUGAUUAUCAGGCUGGACAGUUCUGUCAUUUCUGGAAAUGCCAUUGGAGAUCCCGAGACAAAGAACAAGAGCCUGAUCAAGCAUUGGUGCAUUACAGAGUCUUACACAGUCACCCAAAACAUCUCCGUGUCCAACAUGACUGAGUGCAACAUAUUUCAGUGCUUCGUUACAGAAAAUGGAACAUUCCGGGAAGAGAACAUCACCAAAAAGGAAAAUAUUGAGAAAUGCAUGCACAUUUUUGUGAACACCAACCUCUCAGACAUGGCUGUUGGCUUCAUCCUUCUGACAGCCUCCCUACUGGUCCUGUGCACGUGUCUCAUCCUCAUCGUCAAAUUGCUAAACUCAGUCCUGAAGGGGCAGAUUGCUCAGGCAAUCAAAAAGAUCAUCAAUGCAGAUUUCCCAUUCCCAUUCACCUGGCUUACCGGAUAUCUGGCCAUUAUUAUUGGUGCUGUAAUGACCUUUGUGGUGCAAAGUAGCUCUGUGUUCACUGCUGCGAUUGUUCCAUUGAUUGGUGUGGGGGUCAUUAGCAUGGAAAGAGCCUACCCAUUGUUCCUGGGGUCCAACAUCGGAACCACCACUACUGCCGUGCUGGCAGCUCUAGCCAGUCCUGCUGACACCCUCAGCAAUUCUGUGCAGGUUGCCUUCAUCCACCUGUUCUUCAACUUGACUGGAUUAGUUCUCUGGUAUAUUUUACCAUUCAUGCGCCUCCCCAUUCCUGUAGCAAAGAAAUUUGGAGACAUCACAGCCAAAUACCGUUGGUUCGCUGUAUUAUAUCUUCUCUUCAGCUUCCUUGUCAUACCGCUGGCAGUCUUCGGCCUCUCUAUGGCUGGGUGGAUUGUGUUGGCUGCCAUUGGAGGCCCAAUCAUCUUUGUGGUCAUCGUCAUCAUUAUUGUGAAUGUUCUGCAGAAGAAAGCCCCUAAGUGCUUGCCUCCCUUCCUGAGAGACUGGGACUUUUUGCCUAUCUGGAUGCACUCCAUGGCCCCUCUGGACAGAUUAUUUAACUCUGUCUGUGGCUGCUGUUGCAAAAAGUGCAAGAAGAGCGAAGAUGAGGAGAAACCAAAGGAGCAACUGCCCGCAGACCUUUCAUUCAGUGAAAUGCACUGCUACGACAAUCCUGAGUUCAUUCAGUCACAAAAGCUAUGAGGGUGACUUCAGUCACUUACAUG